AUGCGCCCGGACACAGGUAAUGGCUCUGCACCUACAAACGCGCCAUCUGAGCGCUACAUCAUCAGAAGUCUUAGCGACUUCGAGGGCCUCCUGAUGUCCUGGCAGACACAAGUCGGUCUCCACCUACACCUCCAGCUUUCCUCGGAUGCACUCUCCAGAAAUGACCUUCAUGAGAUCGCUAAGCUGCUGAAGAGCAAGUCAUGCUAUAUCUUCCUGGACUUUUGCGGAACCGCUUUCACAGAGAAUGACAUUCUGGAUGUGGCGACUAUGCUGUCGUAUAGCUCGGCAGGAGCUGUGGUCUAUGGUCUGGACUUUUCACAGACUAGCGUGUCGACAUCCGCGUUGACUGGAAUUCUUCCGGUGCUUGACCUUUCCAACUUGUUACACUUGGACCUUUCUUACACACUAGUUAGUGACCGGUUCUUCAGUGAGGUCGUUACAAUCAUGGAGGAGGCCGAUGCUCCUUUUCCUCUGGUGUCGCUUUCUCUCCGCAAUUGCUACAGGCUUGGCGAAUCUGAUGCUCUUUGUGCGUUUAUCGCCAGGACCACACGGAUACAAACUCUUGAUCUCACUGGUGUUUCCCUGCAGCCACCUACUCUUGUCAACCUGACGGACCUUUUGUACGAGCAAGAGUACCUGAGUUAUUUAUCUUUGUCAAACUUAUGCAGGACAGCUACCAGCAAUCCCAGCGCUACCAGUAGCUGGGAGGGCGAUAUGCGGCAAAUUAUAUACAACAUCUUACAACUACCUCAAGUGCAGACUAUAGAUCUUUCCGGUACACCAAUUAAGGACAUAGGCCUUUAUUAUAUCAGCCAAGUUAUAGAUAAGCUCCUUGUAGCAAAACACCGCUUUUCAUUAGAAUUUAUCAACCUGGCCUGUACUGGUAUGACAGAUAAGUGUGUUUCCUUUCUAAAGCAAAUACUCCAAUCUAUGAAGGAAAGCUCUCUUAGAUCAAUUAAUCUGAUAGGGAACCGCUUAACAGUGGCAUCCCUAGAAGAUUUGCGAAGAGCAUCCACGCUUGCUGGCAUUCACCUUCUUUUUGAUCCGCCUCUAGCAUACUAUGGUAGAGGUAUAUCCUCCAGACUGCUUGAGCGAGACACUCAGUUUAUGGACAAAUACUCUAUCUUAUCGCUGCUACCACACACUUUCUCCGACAAACCGAAACUCACUAAGGAAGAAUCCGAUAGAAUUGGAUUUUCGUAUGCAUGCAAUGACAUUGUGGAAGGUGCCUUAAAGGCAUACUCUCAGAAUUAUGAAGAUAUUGUCCCCUAUGUUCUGGAUAGUGUCUCUUCAUCUGCACAUGAGCUGCCUAUUGCUAUCGCAGCUAGCCGCCAUUCUGUCACAACCCGGUAUGUCCCUAUGUCCUCAGCAAAGGAAAAAGAUUCAGUGCAAUUCACCAAUACAUUUCUUAAUGCAUCAGAAAUUGUCUAUUCCCAAGACCGCGACACGUCUAAUCCUUGUUUAGAUUCUAUCACAUAUACCUUCUCCUCCGAUGAUGAGGUCUCGGCUGACCUCCUGAUAAAAAAGACAUCCAGCAUAGCUUCCCAGUGUCACAAGAAUCCAGAUGUUCCGUCGCCGAAGGCUGAGCACGUGUUUCGUUCAGCCAAUGCAGAUACAGAACGACCCUUGGCGAUGUCUGCCUUGCUCUCUGCGUUCAUUCGCACAGAUAACUCGGCAAUCCCGGUUUCUCCGUUCUUCAAACAGGAGCCGAAGACACAGCCAGAAAUACCUUUGGCUACUGAAACAAAUCCAGAAACUAUGGCGGUCGAUGAUGGUGCAAACGUUGACGGGGUUCAAUUAGAAGCUAGUGACAUACAACCAGAAGUGGUAAGGUCCGUUCCUAUAACGGCUCCUUCGGAUCACUCCUUUGCCCUAGCUCCUCCCUUCUCGGCAGGAAUGUUUGUUAUUGAUGAGUCUGAAAUUGUGAGACAGAGGACAUCAGAGCAACAUACUCCGCCUGAGAUGGUAUCUCAUGGGCAUGAUUCAGUUUAUUCCAAGUGCGAAGCCUCAGAUCAUGUAGACCUAUCAUUAAUAAGAGGCAGCGUCAGUAAUUCAGAUGAUGGAGACAUGCAGCCAUCUGAGAUACAGCCCAAUAUUCAAGAGCUAGCACCUGGACAUCAAUGUUCAAUCACUUCUGAUAGCUGGGGAUCAACUCCACCUCAAAAGGUCACCACCCAGGAUUCCCCCUUUUCCUCUUUUGAGGAGGCAGCUCCAAACUCGGACGAGUGGUCAAGUCCGUAUCCAGCAGAACCAAACGUGGAACUAAAUGAAACAUUAGCAGAAGGUGACUUUGUAGAACAGGCCAAGCAUAGCGCAUCCGUACCCUGUAUACCUAUCAGUACGUUGUCCAUAUCUGAGUCUCGGAGAACAAAGCUCGCGUCGUACAUGGCGCAAACGUCUGCUGACCCACGCGAGUCUAAGUGCGGGUUUGUUAACAAGUUUAGAGUUUGGUAUGCUAGUGAGUAUGAGAAGCAAAAAUACAAUGUGCAAGAGCUUCUUCUUGCUCUUGACAAAGGCUUAUGCGCAGCCCACGAUUGUCGCCAGAUAUGCAAUACCGUUGGGCUCACUGCUACAGUCAAUAUGCAUGCCUCCGCUCUCACCGUCACGUGGUUUGACAAACUUAAACACAAAACAAAGACUGCGAUGCUCUUCAAAGACAUACAGACUGCCGAGCUGGUUGGGUCCGGAAAAUCAGGAGUUGUCCACCUUAAAACGUCUGAAACGGAGAUAGUAGUGUCAGUCAUGGACAAGGCGGAGCGCAGACUCUUCUUGGAGUUGCUGUUGCUCUUCAUGACAAGUCAGAGCUAG